UGAAAUAGAUGUAUCUUUGCCUAACGAUGUGAUUGGUGAAAUAGAUGUAUCUUUGCCUAACGAUGUGAUUGGUGAAAUAGAUGUAUCUUUGCCUAACGAUGAAGUGAAAUCACUAAUGUGAAAGUAAUAUGGUGAGACCAAAACACAUCUACUGUUGAGCAGUGCAUCGUGAGUACACCCAUUGCGUCCAGUCAAGUGUGGGUUCAAGUGCAUGAAUAUUUUAAUGUCCCAGUGCCGUUAUGUUGAGUCGCAUCACGUGGCUGGGCUGUCGUCUGCUGUUGAGAGCAUCGCGCGGGGCUCGCACUCGUCUGUCGUCGUCACAAACUCUGAUGUGAUAGCCGGUAUCGGAGGAUUUGGAAAAAAAAAAUAUUUAUUUUAUCUCCCUUGGCUUAUUUUGUCCGUCACAGACAAGACGGCAACUCUUGGGUCAGACGAUACCAUCAAUGUAUCGAUAACUUGUGUCACACGCUUGUACAAUAGUUGUACCGAUCUGUGUUUUUUUUUUUUUUUGGACCUAAUUCUAGUUCUAUUUUUAACAAGAUCAGUUUCCUUGGGAAUAUUUGACGAGUGUUGGGUCCUCUAGUUCAGUUGAUGCUCCGUAAGUCCAACUGUAAUUGACGUUAGGUCAAUUUCUGCCUCAGCGUGUACAAAGUGGAGUCCAGAAAAUAUAUGCAGGAUAAAGCUAGUAUGGCCAUAUGUCGCCAGCUGUGUCGGCAUAAAGUCUACUUCGCGGUCAUUGGUCUGAUGCUGAUGUAUAUCUUGUACCAGGCUUUCCCUUGCGGUUCCGCACCUAGCAUCAUGAUGGUCCCCAAGGAGAAAACGAAAUACAUCUACGACAUCAACCAGCGAGCCAUUCCCUAUGACGAGAACACGCCCAUCAUCUUUGUCGGCGGCAUGCCCCGUAGCGGGACCACGCUCAUGCGCGCCAUGCUGGAUGCCCACCCGGAAAUCCGAUGCGGAGAAGAGACGAGGGUCAUACCCAGAAUCCUCGGCAUGAGGACUCAGUGGGACAAGUCCGCCAUCGAGAAGAAAAGGCUGGAAGAGGCUGGCGUCACAGCGGAAGUGUUGGACUCGGCCGUUAGAGCCUUUAUACUGGAGAUCAUCGCCAAGCACGGCUCGGCGGCUACCCAUCUCUGCAACAAGGACCCCUUCACGCUGAAGUCAACCGUUUAUCUAAGUAAACAGUUCCCGCAGUCAAAAUACAUUUUGAUGAUCCGUGACGGGCGGGCCGUAGUCCAUUCCAUCAUCUCACGCAAGGUGACAAUUUCCGGUUUCGACCUGAAGAGCUACAGGAAGUGCCUGAUCAAGUGGAACGCCGCUCUGGAGACGAUGUACGCGCAGUGCAUGCACGUGGGGCCCCAUAAAUGCAUGCCGGUGUACUAUGAACAGCUGGCGCUGCACCCCAAGGAGUGGAUGGAGAGGAUCUUAAACUUUUUAAACAUUCCCUGGAACGAGUCGGUGCUACACCACGAGGACUACGUGGGCAAGCCAGGAGGGAUAGCUCUCUCAAAGACAGAGAAAUCAACUGACCAGGUGAUAAAACCAGUCAAUAUCGAAGCCUUGUCCAAGUGGGUUGGGGCUCUUCCUGACGAUGUGGUCCAAGACAUGGAAAAUAUAGCUCCGAUGCUAAAGACGUUGGGUUACGACCCAAAGGCCAACCCUCCAAAUUACGGACAGCCGGACCCAGCAGUGGCCGACAACACCAUUCAUAUAAAGCAAAACGCCGACUUUUGGAGGAAGCGAGAGAUGGACGUGUUGAGCCAGGGGGCGGAUGAUCAGUUUCCACAACAGCAACAGGGAGUGGGCGCCCAGCAGGAGGCAGCUGGAAGUGACCCUGAGAAGACAGCACCCAAGGAAGAGGUGUCGGAGAGGUGAUACUGAUGCCUGGGGUCUGUGCUGUGUAUAUGUGUACCUGCGGUGGUUGGCUGUGUAUUGGUGUGCAUGAUAAAGGAUUGCAUGAACAGUUUGGUUGUUGCUGAUUGGACUUGUUCUUGUACAUUACCUUACAGGUGCUUAUCAAUACUCAAAAUAUCUCUGUUAUCUCCCUUGUCACAGAACAUGAGUUUAAGAAUGAGCAUAAUAUUAAUUGGUUCCAGGAAUCAUGACUUUAAUCAACUGACGCUGUGUAGCUUUCAUAUUGGAAUGCAACAAACAAUAUAUACAUAAUUGUUCCUUUUAUGAUUUUUAAAGUUCCUUUUUGUAGGUGAAGUUUUAGAUGCAUAAAGGAAAUAUUUGUCCGUUCCACCACUCAUUUUUAGUAUCUGAAAGGAUUAAUAGUGUUAAUUCAAAAAUAGUAACUUCUCAUAUAUAGCAUUCCACGAAAAAUGGAUACAUUAUCUCAGUAACUUGAUUUUGGGUUUAUUGUUGGAAGAGAUCAUUACAGCCAGUGUCAGGAAACUCAAAGCUCAGUCUUCAGUCAUUCAAAACAUACAAAAUAAACACUUGCACAAGUCUCAUGUCCAACACGUUCCAUUCCCAUCAUGCUCUGGACUGGGGCACAAAGAGAUGGAUAUAUUUAUAUGUAAAGAUUUGAUCUUGUUGAUGCAAAUAUAUUUAUAGACUUAUGGCUUCAAUACAAUACUACAGCUUUCUGUUAACACUUGGAGCAUAGAUUCAAACUCAGUGCUGAAGUCAGCAAUUACUUUAUUCAGUAGCGCUUAAAUCAGUGUUUCUUCAACUUGUGGGGCGCACCCUUCCUUACUGUCUCAUAUUUAAUUUAUAGGGCUCCCCCAGACCCCCCCCCCCCUUCUCCAGAUGGAGGGGGAAGCAUUAUCUGUUUUUUUUAGUCUGAAGUGGGUGCCACAAGUAAAAUUUUGAGAAACACUGGUCUAAACGUUUGACAAUUAGCGUUGACGCUGUCCCGUGCGGUACUUCCACUGGCUCAUUCAAUGUACAUUUUAGAGGUCGAAUGAUGAUUGUGAUACAUUGUUGUGACUAGAACCUGUGAGAUUGUGGACGCUUGUUUCAGAGACUAUUGUUGACUUGUGAGUUGGCCAGCAGUACAGUUUAUUUUAUAGUGUACAUCAUUAUGUCCGUGAUCUCCUGGGCCUCAUGUUGCUUUGCAUAGUAUUGAAUCUUAAAUAGAGUUGAUUUGGUUGACUUGGAGGAGCCAGAAUGUUAGAGGUUUCUUAAUGAAUUCUUUCUCUCUCUCCCUUUCUGUUUUUCUAUCUCGCACACCACUCUCUCUCUCUCUCUCUCUCUCUGUCUCUCUGUCUCUCUCUCUCUCUCUCUCUGUCUCUCUCUCUGUCUCUCUCUCUCUCCUUUGCACACAUUGACUAUAUAUUUUCUACUACUGGGAGUCGUGUACUGAUGUGACAUGUUGCAAAUACAAAGAACUAAAUUCAAUAUAUUUGUAAAAGUUUGAUCUGGCUACAGUUGACUAGUUUCCAGCGAGUCAGGUGAGGUGUUGUCAUGUGUACCCCAGCUGACUUGGUCACAUUUAUUGACUUUUGCCCGCUAGAAUUUGGCCAGAGUGGAUGACUUCAAGUGUGUAUACACUUAUUGAUGUGAUAAUAUAAUUUAAAGACAUCGCAAGUCUGGUGGAACUAAUUAGUUCAUGUCUGAUCCUGUUGUCUAAAACUUGGCCUCCCCCAUUAGUAACUAUUUGAUUGAUGGUCUUCCACCAACGUAUUGGGGAAAGUGGGAGACACAGACUAACCAGCCAGUGCUCUCUAGUCUGCGGGGCCAGAGGGUGGCUAGUCUGCGGGGCCAGAGGGUGGCUAGUCUGCGGGGCCAGA